UUCGGCCGAGGUUCUCGCAGGCAUCUAUUAUCCCACUGCCAGGUUGCUGGUCACCAUCCAUUUUACCCCGACACGCGGUAUAUAAACUGCCAGCACUCGGCCAGCGAGCCCACCGACGCCCUUCUGCUCUGUCCACCAUGUUGUCGCGCUACGUCUCGCGCUCGCUCUCCGGCCGGCAGUAUGCCGCGGUCGCCUUCCAGCGCGGUUUUGCAAGCAGCUCUCUGAGGAUGCAGAGCAAGAUCACGGUCCAGAACCCCGUCGUCGAGCUUGAUGGAGACGAGAUGACGCGUAUCAUCUGGAAGAAGAUUCGGGAGGAGUUGAUUCUUCCUUACCUGAAUCUUGAUAUCAAGUACUACGACCUUGGCCUCGAGCACCGCGAUGCUACGGACGACAAGGUCACGGUUGAUGCGGCAGAGGCCAUCCUCAAGCACAAGGUCGGCAUCAAGUGCGCGACGAUCACCCCCGACGAGGCGCGCGUGAAGGAGUUCAAGCUUAAGCAGAUGUGGAGGAGUCCGAAUGGCACCAUCCGUAACAUCCUCGGCGGCACCGUCUUCCGUGAACCCAUCAUCCUUGACCGCAUCCCCAAGCCCGUCCCCGGCUGGAAGAAUCCCAUUGUGAUUGGCCGUCAUGCGUUUGGUGACCAGUAUCGCGCUCAGGACUUCCUUGCGCCAGGACCUGGCAAGCUCCAGCUUGUCUACAGUCCCGCAGACGGCAGCAACCCCACAAAAAUUGAUGUGUACGACUUCAAGGGCGCGGGUGUCGCGCUUGCGAUGUACAACACUGAUGAAUCCAUCACUGGUUUCGCCCACUCCUCGUUCAAGAUGGCGCUUGCGAAGAAGCUGCCCUUGUUCAUGUCGACCAAGAACACGAUCCUGAAGAAGUACGACGGUCGCUUCAAGGAUAUCUUCGAGGAGAUCUACCAGAGCGACUACAAGUCUUCCUUCGAGGCUGCGGGCAUCUACUACGAGCACCGGUUGAUCGACGACAUGGUUGCGCAGGCGAUCAAGUCCUCGGGCGGCUUCGUCUGGGCGUGCAAGAACUACGACGGCGACGUGCAGUCGGACAUCCUCGCGCAAGGCUUCGGCUCCCUGGGCAUGAUGACGAGCGAGCUGAUCACACCCGACGGGGACGUGAUCGAGAGCGAGGCUGCACACGGGACGGUGACGCGCCACUACCGUGAGUGGCAGAAGGGCAACGAGACGUCGACGAACCCGGUCGCGUCCAUCUUCGCGUGGACGCGAGGAUUGUUGCACCGUGCUAAGCUCGAUGGCAACGACCAAUUGCGCACGUUCUGCCAGGACCUUGAGGCGGCGUGCGUGGAGGUCAUCGACAAGGACGGCGUCAUGACCAAGGAUCUCGCGCUUGCGAUCCAUGGGAAGGCCAUGAAGCGCGAGCACUGGGUUGUGACCGACGUCUACAUGGACAAGGUUCAUGACAAGCUCAAGCAGAAGCUUGCUGCGAGCAAGACGCUCUGAUUAGGGAGCUACGGUCUCGUAGUCAGGGAUCUUGAUUAUCAUCAGUUCACACUAUGUGUAGUUGUAUCAUGUGUCAGAGUAUACACGUUCUGUUGCUUCACUGCGCUGUCUUCAUCUCGAGUCCAUGCAUCCUCGC